AUGGCAUCGCUCCUACGGAGACCGUUCGCCAUUACGGCGACAUUGCGACAAGCAACCCACAGUUCACCGCAAACCCUCUCCAUCCGCGCCUUCCACGGCACGCCACUGAAGCAACAUCCGCAUUUCUUCCGCCCAGCAAAGCCCACGGUAUCAACUUCGCAAAAUGUAUCAAGGUUCCAACAAGCUUUCCGAAGGGGUUACCAGCAAGCUGCAUACAAUCCGGUUGCUCAGGGUGAUUUGCGACAGCGUCUGCUCUAUGGCGCUGGCAUCUUCGGCGCCACACUGCUAGGCAUCAAUCUUAUCUUCAACCGCGAAACCCGGGAAGAUGGCGGCAUGCCGCCAUUUGAGCGCGAGUAUCUCAACGACACGUUUUUGCAUACUGGCCUUGGUGUUGGAAUCAUCGGUAUUGCCGCGCGCGCCCUGCAUAUGAACGGCUGGAGUUUCAGGCUCAUGAGCGCGAACCCAUGGCUGGUGCUGGGUGUCGGACUCGUUGGUAGCAUCGGAACUAUGUAUGGCACUAUGGCAACACACCCUAGCAACUACGUGCAAAAGUAUGCCCUCUGGACCGCUUUCAAUGGCACCCAGGCCCUCCUCUUGUCGCCGCUCUUCUUCAUGCACCCCGCAAUCCUCGCUCGCGCUGGACUCUACACUGCUGGAAUGAUGGGAUCCCUUGCGUUUGUCGGUGCUACUGCAAAGACUGAUAAGUACAUGUACCUCGGUGGUCCUCUUCUCGCUGGUGUCGCCAUCGUCGCGCUUUCUGGUCUCGCUCCUAUGGUUGUCCCUGCUACUGCUGCCCGCACUUUGAUGUUCACUGAGAACAUUUGGUUGUACGGUGGUCUCGCUGUCUUUGGUGGAUUUACCCUGUACGAUGUACAGAAAGUGCUCAACCAUGCCCGUAUGGCCGAGCGUGGUCUGAUUCCCAAGGACCCUGUAAACGAGGCCAUCUCACUGGAGUUGGACUUUAUCAACAUCUUCAUUCGUAUGGUGCAGAUUCUGGGAAUGCAGCAAAACAGGAGGAAGUAA